GCCCUUAUUUGAUUCGCAGCCGGCGACAGCGCAGCGCAGCUGUCCCGUCGAGCCGGCUGGAGCUCGCCUUCUCUUGCUGAGUCCCCAGCCCCUCGACGGCCCUUUCGCCCUUCCCUUCUCUCGCUGCCCCGGGCCGGGUGGGGAGCCAGCUCCUCGCCUUAGCCGAUCCCCCAGCGACCUCACAGAGGCCCGGCGGCGACGUAGCCAAGCUGGCCGGCGGCUCACCGCCUGACAGACGCCGCUCCGUCGAGGCACCGCCACAAGCGACUGGCAAGCCGCCCCACCAGCAACCAGCUGCUCAGUAUUGUCAACACUGACUGGCAGCAGCUCUCCAGCGUUCCAGGCUGGGUACGUUUCCAGCCCUACUGGAGGGGCUGGUCCCAGGCUACGGUCUGAAGGCAUAUGAGGCCACCACCCAACUGGAGCUCUUCAGCAUUGCACAGUUCAUGAUGAAAGUCACCCUCAAGAGACAAAUAAAGAUGAGCCUGGUGGAUAUAACCAAGAUUUUCUCCAUGCUCCAGCCCAGCGAAGAUGAAGAAGGGGACCUAGAAAGACAGGAACUGAACCUCGCUGUCUCCCAGGACAGUUACCAGCUUCUAGACGAACUGUUGCGGCAAGAGAGAUACAAGCGGUUCAUCAACAGCAGGAGCGGCUGGGGGGUGCCAGGAACUCCACUUCGCCUGGCAGCCUCAAAGGGCCAUGUGAGGUGCGUCGAGGUUCUCCUGGCCCACGGAGCCGAAGUGGACAGCCUGGACGUGAAGGCCCAGACGCCACUCUUCACAGCUGUCAACAAUGGCCACCUUGAUUGUGUGAUCACCCUCUUGGAGGCCGGGGCCAAUCCUUCCGGUAGUAUCCACAAUAAUUGCACUCCACUGCUCACGGCGGCCAGAGACGGAGACGUUGACAUCCUUCAGGAACUCUUAGAGCAUGGGGCAGAGGCCAACGUCAAAGCGAGAGUCCCGGAGUGGGCGGCCAACUCUGUCGCUUGCUCUGGCCCUUUGUACCUGUCCGCUGUCUAUGGGCACCUGGAAUGUUUCAAGGCACUGCUGCUCCAUGGUGCGGAUCCCAACUACAACUGCAAUGAUGAGAAAAUGAUUACCCGGAUUAAGCAUCCAAAGACUCUGCUAGAAAUCUGCUUGAGGCAUGGCUGUGGAGUGGAAUUUGUCAAACUCCUGAUAGAUUUUGGAGCCAAUGUGUACUUACCGGGUAUCGUGUUAGAUAAGAUUUCAGCGAACUCUGAGGUGCUAGAUUUGUUGGGCAGAGAAAGAGCUCUCCCCAAAUCCUUGAUGUCACAAUGCAGACUGGCAAUCCGGAAGUUCCUGAAACUGGUCAACCGGCCAUAUGCUGUGAAUCAGCUGGAUAUCCCACUGGUGCUCCUCAACUAUCUCAAACACCAAUCAUAACUGAAGAUCAAAGUUGGAAACUGCCCAGGGUUACCAAGUAUUGUAACUGGAUAAGGGGAAGAAGUAAAAGAAAAACUUCUAAGAAUAGGACUGUGAGUGGUUUGGUGACACUCAGAUUUACUCUCUCUCUCUCUCUCUCUCUCUCUCUCUCUCUGUGUGUGUGUGUGUAAGUAUAUUGCCCGUGCUGCUAAACACUUAUUUAUUUUUCCUUAAGUAGAAGAUGAUCAAAUGGAAUGAACACCUCACUGCCCCAGUAGAUACAUCCUGGAAAUGUUCCAGUUGGUUGAGUUCUAGACCACCCACAAUCCGGUGCCCUCCAGAUGUUUUGGACUACAACUCCCAUCAGCCCCAGCCAGCACAGCUGUGUUGUUAGGGAAAGCUGUCUGAGACCACAGUCCUCAAUAAAUGCAUAAACAGCUGGAUCUUAUGCAUGUCAGAAGUACCCACUGAGUUCAAUGUGUGUAGGAUUGCAGGCUGAAAAUGAAAUUUAUAGAUCAGUCCUGCUGGAGGAGUGGGUGAGAUCAGCAGCCCAACUACCACCAUUUCUGAAGUGCAGCCAGCUCAUGCUGGCCAGAGCAAAAAGGGGAGGGUGGUGUUUUCUUUGCUUGCAUGUUUGUCUCUUUCCGUUGCUUCCAGUCAGUGGCAUAGUCAUGGCAGGCGAAUGCUCCGACACUGACAAGGCAGGAUCGCUAGCAGGAGAUCUCAUUUUCCACCUGCAGAGAGGGCCCCCCACAACAUACUGUAGCCCCUGGGACACCCUCGCAGGGACCGUAGGAUUGCCCCCGUCGUCUGGAAUGGAUCACUUGUGAAAGCUCGUGUUGUGUUACAGGGAGCUGAAGAAAGCUGUUUUAAAGUCAAGAGUGCCCUCUCAUGAAUGGCCUCCCUUUUUCCUGAUUGACAGAAACAGGAAAUACAAUCAUAGAUUUUAGUGUUACUUGUAAAAACCUUUUGAAUUUUAUGGAGCAGACAGAAACAAUAAUGUUUACAUUUUUAUUUUUUAAAUUCCCCCCAGAAUUGCUGUACAUGGAGGGUAGGGGUGGAGAAACAGACUGAAAUAAUAUAAUUACAUAUAUAAAGAGAAUGGUCAGGAACUAUUAAUAGUAAGUGCCAAAGAGACAACAUUUUUAGAGCAAUUUUGGGAGCCUCCACAGAGCAUCCCGUACAAUGUACCUUUCUCUCCCUCCUAUAUCUUGGAGUGAGAUUUGAAUUUAUUUAGUUUAUGUAUUAUAGACAUUUAUAAUCCAUUCUUCAAGAUACAAAUCUUCUGAAGUUAGCUCACAAGAAAACAAAAUUGCUUUGAAAAAAAACAGUUCUGCAUGUUCACAGCAUAGCUCAGUUUGAACUGUGGAAAAGCUGGCUGUGGAAGGCACGGAUUGGCUAGAAUCCAUGUCAUCACCAAUACCGUUUCCUAAAGCCGCAGAGCAACUUGCAACUAUUAUCAAACUGUUUGCAGAUCUUUUUUAUAAGGUAAUGGAUGAAUAAACAGGGAAAACGUAUGGAUGAACCAGUGUAUAACUUGCUGAACUGUCCGUCUGUAAACUGCAGUCCUCAGCAAAUACUGUACAGCAGGUAUACACUAUGGCUGCUCUCCUUUAACCCUAUUAAUUCACUAAUAGGCAAAAAACCUUGCAGUUUAAGAAUGUACCCAUAGCCAACAGAUGGAUGGAUGGGAAGGAACAGGUUGAAGCUGAAUCCCGAUAAGACUGAGGUACUACUUGUGGGAGACAAGGGUAGGUUGGGUGAUGUUGACCUGAUGUUCAAUGGGGUGAGAUUACCCCUAAAGGACCAGGUCCGUAGCCUUGGGGUUGUUCUUGAUUCCAAGCUGUCCAUGGAGGCUCAGAUCUCGGCAGUGAGCCGGGCAGCUUGGUAUCAAUUACACCUCAUUCGUAGGCUGCAACCCUACCUGCCUGUUCAUCAGCUCCCACUAGUAGUACAUGCCCUGGUCACCUCUCGUUUAGAUUACUGUAAUGCACUCUACGUGGGGUUACCCUUGAAAACGGUCCGGAAAUUACAACUUAUACAAAAUGCUGCGGCUCGACUACUCACAAAUUGUCACCGCCGGGAACACAUCACCCCGGUGUUGUUCAAUCUGCACUGGCUUCCAGUUAUUUUCCGGGCUCAAUUCAAGGUGUUGGUAUUAACCUUUAAAUCCCUACACGGUUUCGGCCCAGUUUACCUGAUGGAGUGCCUCCAGCGCCACCAAUUAUGCCGCCCGACAAGAUCAGCCACUCAGGACCUUCUCUCAGUCCCACCAACUAAAACAGCUAGGUUGGUGGGGACUAGAGAGAGGGCCUUCUCAGUGGCGGCCCCCACUCUCUGGAACUCCCUCCCGUACGAUCUUCAGCAUGCCCCUUCCCUGAACGUAUUCCGCAAAGCCUUGAAGACCUGGCUCUUCAGACAGGCCUUUGGGACUUCCGGGGAGGGUUAAUUUUUAGCACAAAUUGCCUAUUACUCUGAACUGUUACUAUUUUACUGUUAUAUUGUAUUUUAUUUGUAUUUUAUUGUGAUGCAUUUUGCAAUUGAAUUGUACGUCGCCUAGAGUGGCCAUAGGCCAGAUAGGCGACACACAAAUUAAAUUAUUAUUAUUAUUAUUAUUAUUAUUAUUAUCAUUAUCAAACUUUGAUAUAUCUAUCAAAGCAGGGAAAUUGGGCAGCUAUAGUGAAUGCACCAGGGGAGCAGGAGACCUGACCUCCUUUCUGAGAUAUUGGACUGCCUACCAAUCUGU